GGAGCGCCGGCUAGCGCUGCCCGGGACCGAGCGGGGUGGCGCGGCUGGCGGGGCCGGCGGCGACUGAAGCGAGAGCGCGACGCGACGCGACCGCGGCUUCCCGAGCUGCGCCUGGCCGCCCAGCGCCGCGGCCCGGCCGAGGCCUGGAGAGGUCCGGGCCGCCGUCCAUGGUCGCGGCGUCCUGAGGCGGGGGACGCGCCUGGCGCCCCCGGUCCUCCGCCUCCUCCCGCGGGGCGGGCGGCCUCCUCCGGCGCCUCCCCGCGCCCGCCUGCCUCUCGCCGCCGCCUCCCUCCCUCCUUUCCUGCGGCUCCCCCGGCUUUCGGAGCCCGGGGGCGGCCUGUGGCGCGCGGAGCCCGCGCCGGACUGCGCCUCUUUGGACCUUGAGGGGAAACAUGCGUUUGGCUUGGAUCGUUUGAAAUUCUGAGUUUGGGAUCCCCGCCCGCCCGCCUGCCUCUUCCGCCCCGCGGGUUUUUUCCUUUUUUCUUUUGCUUUUUUUCUUUUCUCCCUUCGGGUCUCCUUUUUGACUCCCUCCCCCUUUAUGCUCGCCCAGCCCUCCCCCCGCUGCUGAGAAGUGGGGGAGGGUCUCGGCCUCCAGGUUCCCGCCCCACCGGGGCCCGGGCGAGCAUGGGGGGCAAGCAGAGCACGGCGGCCCGCUCCCGGGGCCCCUUCCCGGGGGUCUCCACCGAUGACAGCGCCGUGCCGCCGCCGGGAGGGGCGCCCCAUUUCGGGCACUACCGGACGGGCGGCGGGGCCAUGGGGCUGCGCAGCCGCUCGGUCAGCUCGGUGGCAGGCAUGGGCAUGGACCCCAGCACAGCCGGGGGGGUGCCCUUUGGCCUCUACACCCCCGCCUCCCGGGGCACCGGCGACUCUGAGAGGGCGCCCGGCGGCGGGGGGUCCGCGUCCGACUCCACCUAUGCCCAUGGCAAUGGUUACCAGGAGACGGGCGGCAGUCACCAUAGAGACGGGAUGCUGUACCUGGGCUCCCGAGCCUCGCUGGCGGAUGCUCUACCUCUGCACAUCGCACCCAGGUGGUUCAGCUCGCACAGUGGUUUCAAGUGCCCCAUUUGCUCCAAGUCUGUGGCUUCUGACGAGAUGGAAAUGCACUUUAUAAUGUGUUUGAGCAAACCUCGCCUCUCCUACAACGAUGAUGUGCUGACUAAAGAUGCGGGUGAGUGUGUGAUCUGCCUGGAGGAGCUGCUGCAGGGGGACACGAUAGCCAGGCUGCCCUGCCUGUGCAUCUAUCACAAAAGCUGCAUAGACUCGUGGUUUGAAGUGAACAGAUCUUGUCCGGAACACCCUGCGGACUGACCUGCGGGCUUGCUUGCUGACUCCUCUCAAAGGCCCGCCUGAUGUCUGGACCACCCCCCUGCUGCCACAGCCCCUGGCUCCGCAGUCACCCUCCAUCAGAUGCUUCCAGAGGCACCUACUGUGUGCAAGGGCAUUCACAACAGGCCAGUGGGCAAACGUGAGCCAGGGCCAGCGGAGAAACACUAAAGACGACUCGGUGGUUCAGAGCCUGGGCCUCAGCGCAGGACCCGUCUGGGGUGAAGACCUUGGGGCUGUUGUGAGUCGACGGCAGGAACGUGGGCUCUAGACUGUGCAUUCAGGCUCUCCUACUUGGCAGAAUGAUCUUGGGGAAACGACUUCAUCUGAACUUCAGAUUUUUCACAUGUGAAGUGGGGACAAAACCAUGCAGCUCAGAGGUCCCUGUGGGGGCCAGGGGAGCUGCCCUGCAGGUCCUGGCACAUGCACAGCAGGCUCCCCAUAGCUUUGUCACCACAAAGGGCACUGUUCUAUUCACAGCACCUCCUGCUUCUGCCUGGCAACUGUGUCUCCCUGUGCUAUAUUUAAUUCCACCAGCAAAGCUGGCAAGGCAGGGCCCAGCCCUGAAGGAGAUCUCCUUGCCUGAGCCCUGGAUUUGGAAACGGAGGCUUCAAUGUGCCCACCUUGGCGGCUUAAGCCUGCUGCUUUGGCAGUGCCACGGGUGAGCCGAGCAGCUGUGAGUUGGGUGGGGCAGGGCUGUAGCCCACGCCGGGUGCUAUUCCAGGCUCCAGGGGCUGGUGCUCAUCCCCACCCCCAGCGACUUCAGUCCUACCUGGCACGCUGCAGCCCUCUGCCGGCUGCGGGGUCCUCUGAAUCCAGACCCAGGUUGCCUGCUUUUGGUGUGGGGGUGGGAUUGGGGCUGUCUGAGCUUCCCAGGUGGAGUUCAUGUUUGUGAUCCUCUGUCCGGACAGCUCUCCAGAAUCCUGUGUUGCCCCUGCUCUGCCUCUCUGGGAUGGGAGAGAACGUGAGGGAGCCGGCGAGCAGGUUCUACCCACUCUGCUAAGGGCCUAGCACACUUUGAUGAGGUUCCUAGAUAAAACAAAGACCAACCAUUCCUCUAACAGCCAUUUAAAGGUACUGAAGUUCAUGGGAAAAUGUCCUCAUUCUUAGGAGAUAGAUGCUGAAUGAUAUAGGUGAAUGUCUUCAAGAAAUGUGUAGUUUAAUUCCAAAUGGUUCCCCCCAAAAUACACAAAGCAAAUAAGGCCAAAAUGUUCAUUGUUGAAUCUGCAGUGGCUGGUAUUUCAGUGAACAGUGUACUUGUUCUUUCAACUUUUCUGUAUGUUUGGAAUUUUUCUUAAUAAAAGAUUGUGGGAAAUGGU